CUAUUAUUCCCCCCAUUCCCCGGUGACGCCUACAAUGAUGAAUAGACCAUGGGGUAUGUUACUAUGGUCACCAUCUCUAUUUUUUUUCCUUUUUAUCUCCCUGGAAGCGCAAUGCUUCUGAUCUAUUUAUUCUCAGAAAAAAGAAUUGGCAUGAAGAUAACCAAGGGAUUCAACUUUCUAUAUACACUAUCUGUGGUUAAUGUUCUACAUUAACCAUCAUCAAAUAUAGCAGUAAAUCUGCAGGGGAGAGUUAGCAGGCGGAAUAAUAGACGGAACAACAGCACAGUCAAGUGCCUGGAUGCUUCAACUCUGCACGCUCAUGAGCCCUCUGCUUUCAUUCUGAAGAGCUGUUGUGGAAUAAGACUUUUCAAGAGUAUAUCGGAUUAAACAAACCAGAAAUUUCUCACCAGACAUGGGAAAAAGGAGACUUUUUGGUUAUUUUAACUUGUCUGUAACUUUCAGCAGAUAAAGGACAUUCUUCUACGUUGACAAUACUUUCAGAUUUCGACGUUCUUGCCUAGUAACUCAAAAUAUUAACUCUCAAGUUCAAGCUUCUAGGAUUGCCUGGGAAUUCAUCAGAUAAAAGUGAGAUGUGUUAUGUGGCAGCUCAUCGGACACUGAACCUCACCAUUCUGAAUUAAGUUUUUACCACCACAGAAUAGAAGGAGAGUCUGGAUAAAAGGAACCAGUUAAUUUAUCCAACCUCGGACAAGGGAAAAUGAGUAGCUAAUGCCCAGACAAGCUAUUAUUUCAACUGAAGAUCUCUUAUACUGAUUAGAGAAACACAAACUGAAUACAGAUCUUCUCAAGUAAGUGAUCUCUGCUACUGAUUGGACAGUGUGGAUAGAGAACACAUAUACACUUGAUGUUGGCAUUGCAGAAAAAAACUGUUUGUUAUCACAUCUUGUGGCACCCCAGGCUGGUAUGUGCGGAAAUGCAAGCGCAACUCUUUCUGCCCAAACAUUAGAUUAUCAUAACACUUUUCUGGGAUUAGAAGUGGAGUGAAUAUGAACGUCUCUAUUCAGAUGGCAUCUCAAGACAGCUGCCACCCAGAAUCCGUGCUCAUUCCUGUGCUGUACUCGCUCAUCUUCCUAGUCGGCACAGUUGGUAACAGCCUGGUACUGGCAGUGCUGCUGAGAAAUGGAAAGGUGAUUAAUACAACCAACCUCUUCAUCCUGAAUUUAGGGGUGGCUGACUUGUGUUUCAUCAUUUUCUGUGUUCCCUUUCAAGCCACCAUCUAUACCCUGGACAGUUGGGUCUUUGGACCUUUUAUGUGCAAAGCAGUACACCUCUUCAUAUACCUCACCAUGUAUGCCUCUAGUUUUACCUUGACCACCGUCUCCCUGGACAGGUACCUUGCUAUACGUUAUCCUUUGCGUUCCCGGGAGCUGCGCACCCCAAAGAAUGCACUGUUGGCCAUUACGCUUAUUUGGAGCCUAUCAUUGGUUUUCUCUGGCCCUUACCUAAGCUACUACCAAGAGUUCCAGCUGGCUAACCUCACUGUAUGCCACCCUGUUUGGCAGGAUUCCUACCGCAGGGCCAUGGAUCUUUGCACUUUUUCCUUCAGCUAUGUCAUCCCUGUGCUCAUACUUAGCCUCACCUAUGCUCGUACAAUCCGGUACCUCUGGACUUCUGUGGACCCAAUAGAGGACAUGUCAAAGAGGGCUAAAAGGAGGGUGACGCGUAUGAUUAUUAUUGUCGCUGUGUUGUUCUGUUUGUGUUGGCUUCCUCACCACCUUGUUAUACUUUGUGUCUGGUUUGGAUACUUUCCCCUCAAUAACUUCACAUAUGCUCUUCGUAUUCUCUCACACCUGGUGUCCUAUGCCAAUUCUUGUGUUAAUCCUGUGGUCUAUGCUCUGGUUUCCAAGCAUUUCCGCAAAGGCUUUCGUAAAAUAUUCCGGUGCCUGUUACUCCGGCAGAGGACAGCCAAUAAGGUCCACACUGCACCUGCCACUCAAGCUGGGGUGAGCAUUCUCGAAGGGGCAUGCACAGAAGUGACCCAUAUUAGUGAGGGCCAUCUACACUGCUCUGCUUGUUCUCCUGAUACUGACAGUCCUUGGAAGGAGACUGAGAGAGCUGGGGAUAAGAGGGCCCAAUCAUUCAUCACAUUUAAUGUUACUUAAAUGAGUUGUGGCCUAGAAAUGGGUUACAAGACUCUUCUCAUCUGAUUACCAGUAACAUACAAAUGACUAAAUAGGUUGGAGACUCUAGUUCAGUUACUCCAAGGGCAGAAAUAAUGUCAUCAUUUAAAAAGUGUUUGAAUUAGAAUGAGAACAUAUUGGCAGCGAAUCAGAGUGACGUGUACACAAGUAUAUAGCAUGUGUAUUUUGAAAUAUAUGCACUGUGAAUAUUUUUUUAUCACCAUGCUUGAGACAAUCAGAAUUUAGAUACCUACAUAUUUGCCUUUUUUUAAAGCCGGCAUGUUAUUAUACUCAGCACUUAAUCAUAUAUUUAUAUAAUUGGAGCUGAAAUUUCUGUUAACAGUAACUUUGUGGGGAUAUAUCCAUAGCAAUCUCUAAAUGUUAAACAUGAAUUGUCAUUGUCAUCAGAUUAUAAUGUACCUUGUACAAUAGAAAUAGCUUCCUAUUGUGACUUGCCAUUUGCUCCUUGUGUUCUGUAUGACAUUGGGAUCCAUUGAUCAGGCACUGCCAUCAUCUACAGUAGAUCCUAAUACAUUGGCUGUAAUGUAUGAACACCAUCUGCUUUUACAUGAAAGUGCCUCUUAUAAAAUAAGAAAUUAAGGUAUCCAAAGCUGAAUGUGAUGUCAGCUGAGAUGAUGUUUUCAUUUGCCAGGGCUGUUACAGUAUAAGUUCAUUUGGCUGAUUUAUGAACACAGGUGUUAAAGUGCUCAAGGACAGUUGCCAGCAGCAACCAGUCAGGGCUUUGCUAUUGGGAAAUG